AUGCGAAAUGUGGCGAGGGACCUGCCUCCGGAAGAGCUCUGGGGGGGGAGCACACCCCCGCCACAAACCUGGUCUAUCACCCCAUUUUUCCCGUCGCCCUCCCCAUCUCUGCCGGUUGUGGGUUCCGGACCAGCAACGCCACCCACAACGUUUCCUCGGACCUCUCCAUCCGGUAACAACCCACCAACGCCCCGUACCAGAACAACACCGUACAGAGCAGCGCACCAGCGCGGCACCAGCCCGCUGCGUACCACUCUGGCACUGCAGUGGAAUCUAAACAGGUUUUUCAACAACAUCUGCGACCUGGAACUGCUAGUAGCCAAUUCCGAACCUCUGGCCAUAGCACUCCAGGAAAUCCACAGGACCACGCCGACUGGCAUGGACCGCGCUCUCGGCGGUCGCUAUAAGUGGUUCGCGGACGUAAACCAGAACGCCUACCAAUCGGCUGCUGUUGGCGUGCUAAAAGACAUCCCCACCACAGAAAUACUCGUCGACGCUGGAAUCCCGAUGGUAGCCGUCAGAGUCGAAUGGCCAUUUCCACUAACCAUCGCAUCCCUAUACAUUCCGAAUGGGAAACACAAGGACUUACGCAACAAGUUGGUGGGUACCUUCGAAAGCCUACCAGCCCCGGUGCUUAUUCUCGGAGACGUGAACGGCUACCACCACUCCUGGGGUAGCCGUUCCGACAACACCCGCGGCAAACUAGUUUUCAGCGCUGCUUCGGAUACGGGUCUAACCGUUCUCAAUGAUGGCUCACCCACUUUCCGGCGUGGAACAACGGAGUCAGCCAUCGACGUAUCGCUAGCGUCGAGCGUUAUUGUAGGCAAGCUCCUCUGGUCCUCGGACGAUGACUCGCGAGGAAGCGACCACAUGCCCAUCAUGUUGGCGCUCAACGGCAAACCUGAAGAAAUCUCCAGAAGACCGAGGCGCAAAGCUCUCCGAGCGCUAAAAAGGGGAAAAGACCAACUGCAAGUAGGACACCCUGACCUCGAAGAACUCCGUACGGAUUACCAAGCCGCCCGCAACGAGUGCCGGCAAACCAUCAGGGAAGAAAAAGAGAAGAGCUGGACAAACUUUCUGGACGGAAUCAACAGCAACCAACCCUCCGCCGAGCUUUGGCGUCGAGUGAAUUGCUUCCAAGGCAAGCGCAAAGCAAAAGGCAUCUCCCUCAAGAUCAACGGCACCGUACAACGCGACCCCUCCGCCGUAGCGGACGCCCUAGCUGACGAAUUCGGAAGACACGCAUCGUACCUGGAGUACCCGGAUCACUUCCGGAAAACACACCGUGACCCAUCCUCGGAAAUCAGCGCGAUCCAGAUCCCACCCGACAGCGGAGAAGAAUUCAACAGGCCCUUCACGUUCGCUGAGCUGGAGUACGCCCUCCAGAAGGGAAAGGGCAAGUCAGCCGGCCCUGACGACCUGGGCUACCCCAUGUUGAAUCACCUGCCCGUCGGCGGAAAAACCAUCCUCCUCAUCUCCAUCAACAAGGAGUGGCAAGAAGGAACGCUCCCGACACAAUGGAAGUCCAGCUUCGUCAUGCCCAUUUCGGAAGGCCGCGGCUCUCCCAACGACGUCGACAACUACCGACCCAUCGCCCUCACCAGCGUAGUCUCCAAGAUAAUGGAGAGUAUGGCCAAUCGAAGGAUCAUCGAGCUACUGGAGAAAGGCGGCCACCUGGAUAACAGGCAACACGCGUUCCGACCAGGCAAGGGUACCAACACCUACUUCGCCGCACUGGGUCAAAUACUGGACGACGCCAGAAGGAAAGGGCACCACGUCGAAAUGGCAUCGUUGGACCUCUCGAAGGCGUACAACCGCACCUGGACACCCGGUGUACUAAAAAAACUGAAGUCGUGGGGGAUCACCGGCAACAUGAAACCAAACAUCAAGAGCAACCAAGGAAGAAACCGGGGUCCCCCAGGGCUCAGUAAUUGCCUCUUCCUCAUCGCGAUGGAAGGCGUCUUCGACCGACUACCGAAAGGGAUAUACAUCCUGGUGUACGCCGACGACGUCCUGCUGGUGGUUACAGGAAAGCACCCCAAGGCUACGCGGCGGAAACUACAAGCGGCCGUCAACGACGUGGCCAAAUGGGCCAAAUCAGCCGGCUACGUUAUGUCUGCGGGUAAGUGUUCCCGAGCCCAUAUAUGCAGCAUCAACCAUCGACCUCCAACCCAACCCAUCGCCAUCGACAAAUUCCCCAUCUCUUCCAAGAAAACCUGCAAGAUCCUCGGUGUCACAGUGGACAGGAAACUCAAUUUCAGUGACCACUGCAACCGAGUACGGGGUGAAUGUGCAUCCAGAAUCAACAUCGUAAAGAGCAUUUCAAAAAGAAGAUCUAGGAGCGACCGCCCAACGCGGCUCCGAGUAGCGAAUGCAAUCAUCUGCAGCCGACUCCUCUACGGCAUCGAGCUGAGCAGCCUCAACCUUGACAACCUCAUCGCCCUGCUAGGGCCAACAUAUAACAGGAUAGUCUCCGGACUGCUUCCGUCGACUCUGGCGGACGUGGCCUGCGCUGAGGCCGGUGUGCUACCCUUCCGUUUCCAAGCCACCGCCGCCCUCUGCAGCAGGGCCAUCGGUCACUCCGAGAGAACAAAAGCAAGCCAAAACCACGACCACCUCAACGACAACGCCAACACGGCUCUCCACAACCUCUGCGGUAAAAACAUCCCCAAGAUCGCCGGCCUCCGACGCCUGGGACCGAGACACUGGCAAACCCCCCCUCCUAAAGUAGACCUCAAGCUCAAAGAACGCCUCUCAAGAAACUCAAACCCAGCUGUAGCACAGGAAACCUUCAAAAACCGCAUCCGGGAAAGGUACCAGAAACACGACAUCCGAUUCACGGACGGCUCCAAGGCUGCCGGCAGAGUCGGCAUCGGAAUUUACUCCUCCACCCUCGAUGAAUCGUACCGACUGUCGGACCGUUGCACGGUCUACUCAGCUGAAGCAGCCGCAAUCUUCAGGGCCAUGGCCAUACCCAGCACACUGCCGAUCCUCAUCGUUUCGGACUCGGCUAGUGUCCUAACAGCCCUGGCGUCAUCAGCCAGCAAGCAUCCAUGGAUCCAAGCGAUCGAAUCAGUAGCCAACCGCAACACCACGCUCCUCUGGGUAUCCGGCCACGCAGGAAUACCCGGCAACGAAUAUGCAGACGCACUGGCCAAUCUCGGAAGAAGCGACGGCUUUAUGAGCAGAGAAGUCCCGGCACCGGACGCCAAACUGUGGGUAAAAACAGAAAUCGCCACAGCAUGGGCAAAGGACUGGCGACGGCAGAGAAACUUCUGUCGCAUGCUGAAGAACGCAAGUGCCCUCACCAACAACAACAUCUCCAAAGCCUACUCGGCCCUGCAAAACAACCCGCUGGACGAGAGGAACACAAUCAACUUCCUCAAAGACGCCUACCUCUACACUAGAAUAUAA